AUGGGUGCAAUAGAUGGUACUCACAUAAGAAUAAAGUCGCCAACUGUUGAUGAACACCUGUAUGUGAACCGGAAAAAUUUCCAUUCAAUAAAUAUACAAGGUGUGUGUGAUGCCAGACUGAAGUUUUUAAAUAUUGUUGCAAAGUGGCCUGGUAGUACCCACGAUUCCUUUAUUUGGAAUAAUUGUGCUUCAAAGGAAAUUUUUGUAAAUAGUACAAUUCCUGAUGGAUGGUUACUGGGUGAUAGUGCGUACCCUUUGAGGCCGUGGCCACUAACACCCGUAUUCAAUCCGAGCACCCCUUCUGAAGGCAGGUAUAAUGAUUCUCACACAAGAACCCGUAAUACCAUCGAACGUGCCUUUGGAGUGCUAAAAUCUCGGUUUCGAUGUGUUGACACAAGUGGUGGAACACUUCUCUAUACCCCAAAGAAAACCUGCAAAAUUGCAAUAGCUACAACAGUACUCCACAACAUGUGUAUCAAUUCCAAUGUUCCCUUACCCGAGGGCUGUAAUCCGGUAGACAAUGGCCAAAUACGUGUACAAUAUGUGGGACGUCAGCUAAAUGACGGAGCCAGAGUUAGGGAGAGAUUAAUAAACGGACGUUUUUCAAGUUGA